GGUCGAGGGAGGUACUUUGGACUUUUUACGGGACGGAAAUUGAAUUCCCGGCCCAAAAGCUCUAGACCACAGGUCGACUCCGGCGACGGCGACGCCAACGCUCCGCCGCCGCCUCCUCCACCUCCUCCUCCGCCGCCUCCGCCAGCGCCAAACAAGCCCGGAAGUGGCUGCUUCGGGCGCCGCGAUGAGCCAGCGCAGGAGAUCUAAUGCCGCCGUCCCGCCGCCUCCUGAAGGAGGCGCCGGCGACGCGAUCACCACCGGAGCCUCGUCGGCGGAGAAGGAGAGGCGGGAUCUGCCGUGGAUGGCGGGAUCGGACCGAAGGGUGCUGGCGCUGGCGCUGGCUUUCCGCGCGGCGAACGCGCUGCUGGUGCGCACCUACUUCAACCCCGACGAGCACUGGCAGUGCCUCGAGGUCGCCCACCGCAUCGUCUUCGGGUACGGCCACCUUACUUGGGAGUGGAAGCAGGGUCUUCGAAGUUACCUCCACCCCUUCGUCUUUGCUGCUCUCUACAAAUUUCUGGCCUUGCUCCACUUGGAUACCCCAUGGUUUAUGGCGAUGGCUCCUCGCCUUCUACAAUCAGUCUUUGCAUCUUUUGGGGAUCUCUACUUAUAUAAACUUUCAAAACUCAUUUUCAAUAAUCAUGUUGCCCAGUGGGCAUUAUUUUCGCAGCUGGUUAACUGGUUCAUGUUCUUCUGUAUUACGCGGACUCUAUCAAACAGCAUGGAGACAGUCUUGACUGUUGCUGGACUUUACUACUGGUUUACUGCAAUGAAGUCUUCGAGGGGAACUUCAGUUGUUUCAAAUCAGCAAGCUGCCAGCAAGCAAAGGCCCCCAUCAAGAAAAAUGGCUCUACUCAUAGCAGCCUUAGCUUGCGCCAUUCGGCCAACAAGUGCCAUAACAUGGCUAUACAUUGGUCUUUUGGAUUUUAUUCAGAUGAAAUCAAAAUCCCGGUUUCUCUUUCUUGAGAUCAUUCCGCUAGGGGUCUUAGUCCUUGCUGCGGUAACAUUUCUUGAUUGUUGGAUGUAUGGUUCCCCGGUCAUAGUGCCACUUAAUUUUUUGAAAUUUAACCUCUUCUCUUCGGGGGGAGACUACUAUGGAACACAUGUGUUCCACUGGUACUUCAGCCAAGGUUUUCCAUCAAUGGUUUGGAGUUUCUUACCGUUUUCAAUUUAUGGAAUUAUGAAGUCUCGAGAAUGGAGGCUUGCUGGUCUUAUUGCCUGGGUAUUGGCAGUUUAUAGCAUACUUGGACAUAAAGAAUUCAGGUUUGUUCUCCCAGUGCUUCCUUUAAUGUUCAUGUUCUCGGGAUACAACUUAGCUGCAAUGGUGCAAUUCAAGGGAAAAGGUUGCAAUGAGAAAGGGCACCUUUCGAGGUUGCAACUUUCUGUCAUUCUGCUCAUCCUAACGAACCUUCCCAUGGCUUUAUAUAUGUCCCUAUUCCAUCAAAGAGGAACUGAAGAUGUUAUGUUUUAUCUGUCACGAGAAGCCCAUGAUGGAAGAGUAAAGAGUGUCCUCUUCCUUAUGCCUUGCCAUUCAACACCUUAUUACUCUACAUUACAUUACAACAUACCCAUGCGCUUUUUGGACUGUACUCCUAGUGAAAAGAAAGGGACCUUGGAUGAGUCAGAUCGUUUCCUCAUGAACCCAUCAUAUUUUGUUGGCAAGAAUUUUGGUAAUUUAUCUUCGUUCAGUCACAUUGUAUUAUUUGAAUCUGAAGAAAGACAUGUCAAGUUGCUUCUGCACAAUUCCUUUAAAGAGGUUAGGAGAUUUUUUCACUCCCACUUCAAGGUUGAUAGAGACCUUCAGUCGUCAGUUGUUGUUUAUUCACAGAUGGAUGCAUUGUGAUUGCUGUGGCAGAAAAGGCUUGUUACUUUGUUAGUCUACUAUCUUGUCUAACAAUCUCUAAUCAGUUUCGCCCUACUGUAAUUUGUUGGUUGAGAGAUGGUUUGUACUUUGGGUCUUAACUUUGAGAGAUUGAAUUUUUCCCAUCUUU